UUAAAGUUAUGGAUUUACAAAUUGGCGAAAUACUAGAGUCUGUUAAACAAGCAGGGUGGUGGGAUGAUACUUUGAUAAUAAUGGUAACCAAUCAUGGGGGUAAAGAAAAAAGCAUGGAGGAGGUACCCCGGAAGAGAUGGAAGUAUUUUAUGGCUGUUUAUUUUACAGAGGCUAACUCAAAUUCUGAUAUUACAAGUGGAAGAGAAAAUGGUAAAUUGUUUAAUAUGGAUUGCGCAGUAAUAAUUCUUGAGGCAUUAGGAAUAGAAGUUCCUAAAUAUUCUGAUGCUAUAUCUCCUUAUAUUUCUUGUUAA